ACAGAACCCCACUUCACCAGGACGGAUCUGGGGGUUCUGUGUUGCCACAGCACGUCCCAAUAUAAACCUCCAUCCUCCCGAUCACAACAGGUGCCCUUCACCCCUUCGCCCCUCCCCCGGUGGCUCCACCUGUCCCCCCUCUUCCGCGGCGGGACUGGCGGUGACCCAGAAAGCCGCCGUCACUCGUUUUGGGGGGACACACGGCUCGAGCCCCCUCAUCGGUCACCGGAUCGGCGGCAGCUGCUCGACCCCCCGCUGCUAUUUUCACCCCUCGGGAUGAAGUGCCUUUUUGAUCAGCCCCCCUCCCCGUCCGGAGCUCCAUUCUGUCCCCGACCCGCGGCAGGAUGAAGUCCAGCUGCAGCGCCGUGCGCACCGAGGGCUUCGCCUCCGACCUGGAGGACCCGGAGAGCGGCAGCGACUGCUCCAACAGCCCCCGCAGAGAGCCCGGGGGGGCUGUGAGGGAGGAGGUGGAUGACUCUCAACCCGCAGGGUCCAUCCAGAGGAGGAGAAGGAGCAGCAGCGGAGAGGCGCGUCUGUGUGGCGUGAGCAAGCAGAGGCAGGCGGCGAACGCGCGGGAGCGGGACAGGACGCACAGCGUCAACACGGCUUUCACGGCGCUGCGCACGCUCAUCCCCACCGAGCCCGCCGACAGGAAGCUCUCCAAGAUAGAGACGCUGCGGCUCGCCUCCAGCUACAUCUCCCACCUGGCCAACGUGCUGCUGCUGGGGGAGGACUGUGGGGACGGUCAGCCGUGCCUGCGCUACCAGGGCGUCCUGCACGGACCUGCUGCACUUAACACGCCCCCACUGCGGCCCAUCUGCACGUUCUGCUUGAGCAACCAAAGAAAACUGCUCAGAGAUGGAGGGAAGUUCUCAGCAGUCGUCUGAAAUGAAAGACACCCAGACGGAUAAGAGCCGCCCCCCUCACCCCCCCCUUUUGUUUACAUACUGGACUUUGUAAAUAUAAGUUAUUUUUAGAAUUAUUCUAGAAAAUGACAAAACAGCACUUUCUGUUUGCGUUGGUGUGAUUGUGGACCUCCGUGUUUUGGCCGAGUCGUAACUCGAGCCGAUGUGUGAGGCUGCACCUGACGUGGGGCUAUUUCGGUCCUGGUCAUAGUACAAACUACCCCAGACCGCCCGCCACCCCACAGCAUGUCUGCAGGCUAAAAAAAAAAAAAAAA